AAAAACAAGCAAAAAGCGGGUGGAUGAGCUUCACCGACCUUGGGGGCUGGUAUAUAUUGGGGGGGGCAGACACAUGCUCAUCAGUCUUGGGUCUCUGACUGAACUGUCUCCUCUCUCAUCAUGAAGUUCUUGGUUGUUCUCUGCGCUGUUGCCGCUUGCGCUGUGGCUAAGCCUUUCGCUGGCUACGCCUACUCAGCAGUCUCACCCCUGGUAACCCCCUAUGCCUACGCUGCCCCCUAUGCUGCCUACGCUCCCUACGCUGCUCCCUUCGCCGCCCCCUACGCCUACGCUGCCCCCGUUGGUGUCAAGACUCAGUAUUAUGCCCAGGACAUCGCUGGACAAGUCAGCUACGGAUUCUCCGAGCCCGCUCAGGCCCAGAGCGUAGUCCAGGACGCAGCUGGUAACAAGGUUGGCAGCUUCAGUUACAUCAACCCCGAAGGUAAGCUCGUCCAGACAAACUACAUUGCUGACGCCCUCGGCUACCGUGUUGCUUCUAACGACCUGCCUGCUGCCUCCCUCGCCCAGCCCACCCCUGUGUCUGACACCCCUGAGGUAGCUGCCGCCAAGGCCAGUUUCUUCGCUGAGUUUGAGAAGACCAAGAGCCGAUCUCGUCGUGAAGCUGUUCCAGUCCAGACUCCAGCCAGCACUACUCCCCUGGCUGCUGCCCCCGCUGUUGUAGCCGCCCCCGUUGCCUACGCUGCCCCAGCCUACCCCUACAGUGCUGCUUACCCCUACAGCGCUGCUUACCCCUACAGCGCUGCUUACCCCUACUCCGCUGCCUACCCAUACUCCGCUGCCUACCCAUACUCCGCUGCCUACCCAUACUCCGCUUACCCCUUCAACUACGCUUUCGCCAAGUAAUUACUCCCCUUCUCCACCUCUCCGCUCAGUACCAGAGCUGAUAGAGACCCCAGUUGGGUUCUAGCGGAAAUUUCCAUCAACGGUGUUACAACUUCUUUGGGCAUUACAACCACACUUUGACUGUUACCUCUCUUCAAUGUAAAAAUUGCAAUAAAUCUUUCCUUCUCAA